CCAAUUAGUUGAUGUGUCAGGUCCAUUGGAGUUUGGGUCAGGAUCAUCCGAUUCCCUUCCCGUCUUCCCCGCUCCGCUACCUCCUCGUCGCAGAAUCCUUUUUCUGCUUCCUUCAGUCGAUGGCGAAAGGCGGCAGGCUUCCUUCGAAUGAAGUCCUCCUUGAGCAGCUGAGAAAUGGAACUGCUCAGUUCGAGCUCCUCCCGACGCCGGUUCCCCUGUCUGCUCCCGACGUUCGAUUUUUUGCUAGGAUCGGUUCCUCCUUGGGAGGGGGUGUCUCGCCGGCGACAAAGAAAGUAGAGCGCUACGCAGUUCACAAAAUCACAGGCGACGGUCGGUGCAUGUUCCGUGCUCUGGUAAAGGGAAUGGCAAAUUACAAAGGACUGGCACUUAGCUUAAGACAAGAAAAGGAUGAUGCAGACGAGUUGCGUAUGGCAGUCAAAGAGAUAAUAUGUGACAAUGAAACUGAACGACGCCAGUAUGAAGAAGCACUUAUAGCAAUCACUGUGGAUGAAUCAUUGAAACAAUACUGUCAACGUAUUGGACGAUCUGAUUUUUGGGGAGGAGAGUCAGAGCUGUUGGUAUUGUCCAAACUGUGCCGGCAACCCAUCAUUGUUUACAUACCUGAGCAUGAAGACGGAGAAACCGCAAGCCAACUAUACACGAGGAUCAAGGACAUCCUCAACGACCUACAUAUGAUCGAACAUCAACUCGAAAACUGCGACAUUAUCAGCAUACACAUGGAGGAUGGGGCAGUGGAUUUAUUCCUAUAGCUGAAUACGGAUCUGAAUUUAGCAAGAAAUCGAGAAAAGGAAAGCAGAGGGAACCCGUUAGAUUAUUAUACAGUGGUCGGAAUCAUUAUGAUUUACUGGUUUCAUAGUUCAGAGUUGCUUAAGUUGUUUUUUUUUUCCGCUGCUGAUUGAGCUGAAAGAGUAUAGAACUUUGACAGUUGCUACUGGAAAAUUUACAAGUGCUUUGAUUUGAUGAACAUCUAACAAAGUUUCAGUGGCUGAGAAGUCAUUCGAAUGUAUCUUUGGGCUGUUAAACAUCACCAAAUUCCUUCUAGUCUUCUGCCAUGAAUUUGGAAAUUGAUCAUAAAGCGAGUAAUGCAUUUGUUAUGUUUAUGCUUGUGAAAUAUAUCAUGUUUUUGCCA